AAGGAUUCCUCUUUGCUCUGUUACAAAGAGGGGUGUGGAAACAAAGGACGGUCGUCGUAUGUUUCGUUGCCAUCAUGGCGACAUUUUCAUUCGAAAUAAUUGCUGUCUGAUUAAUUUCCUCUAUUUUUCACCAUACGGCAACAUGUUAUUCUGAUUUGUCCGUGCGCCUUGCCAUACAUCUGAAAUUAUGCAUCUAGUGGAUAGACCGAGCUUGAUAUGGAUUUUUUUCUUGCCUGCGCUGCUGGACUGUUAUUCAGACCCUGUAUCUGGGCAGCUCACUUACACCGUUGCAGAGGAGUCAAAGAUCGGGACUGUUUUGGGAAAUACAGCAAAAGAUCUGAAUAUCAACGUCCAGGACUUGGAGACGCGCAUGUUUCAGAUCGUUGCUGGGUCUAAGAAAAAAUACUUCGAGGUAAAUCUAAACACCGGUGCCUUGUAUGUAAAUGAAAGAAUAGACCGAGAGCAGCUCUGUGGCGAAGAACCAAAGUGUUCACUCACUGUAGAAGCAGUCAUAAAUAAUCCUUUAAAACUCUAUCGUAUUGAAAUUGUGGUUUUAGAUGUAAAUGAUAACUCGCCAAUAUUUCCCAGCAUGUCGCAGAUGAUUAAUAUUACCGAAAGCACAGCAGCAGGAGCCAAAUUUCCGCUGAAACGGGCACACGAUGCAGAUGUAGAAAAGAAUUCUGUUAAUACAUACAAGCUUAGUCAAAAUGAGUAUUUUUCUCUGAAUAUACAUAAGGGUCAGAGCAUGACUGUCGAACUAAUACUACAGAAAGUACUAGACAGAGAAAAACAGUCUCUGAUCCAACUGACGCUGACUGCCAUCGAUGGAGGAACACCAGUUAAAUCAGGAAGCAUGACAAUUACAGUAAACGUGUUGGAUGUUAAUGAUAAUCCUCCAGUUUUUAGCCAAACGCUGUACAAAAUCAGUGUGUAUGAGAAUGUUAAGAUUGGAACCUCAAUAAUUACUCUAAAUGCUACGGACUUAGAUGCGGGACAGAAUGGCCAAAUAUUAUAUUCUCUGAUUGAAAUAGACCAAAGAAAACAAACAAACUUUUUUACUAUCAGCGAAAAAAAUGGCACCAUAACAAAUAUAAAGAACAUAGACUUUGAAGAGAAUAUUGCUUUUGAGAUUCAAGUCCAAGCUAAUGAUAGAGCAAACUCUCCUCUCACUUCAAAUGCAAAAUUACUAAUUGAAGUUCUAGAUGUGAAUGACAAUUCUCCUGAAAUUACGGUUACAUCCCUGUUAAAUACAGUGAAAGAAGAUGUGGCCAUUGGCACGGCGAUUGCUCUUGUUUCAGUGUCUGAUAAAGACGGAGGUAGAAAUGGCGUUGUGAGCUGUGAAAUUUCUAACGAUGUUCCUUUCAAAUUAGAGUCAAAUUAUAAGAACUACUAUUCUUUAGUUGUUAAUGGAGUCCUUGACAGAGAAACAGCACCUCACUACAAUAUCAGCAUCACAGCUACAGAUGAAGGCAGCCCACCUCUCUCCAGCACCAGCGUCAUUAUUGUACAUGUCUUUGAUGUAAAUGAUAACAAACCUCAUUUCACAGAAGACACUAUAAACAUCUUUAUGAAAGAAAACAGUCCAACAGGAGCAGUUAUUAAAACAGUGUCAGCAGUUGAUGCAGACACUGAUCAAAAUGGUCAGCUUAGUUACUCGCUUGUGCAUGACAAUAGUAACCCACUCCCACUCAGAUCAAUGAUGAGCAUAAAUUCAGAAACAGGCGACAUAAUCAGUCUGCAGUCUUUUAACUAUGAGGAGCUAAAAACAUUUCAGUUUAAAGUUCAGGCUACAGACUCUGGUGUUCCUCCUCUCAGCAGCAACGUGACUGUUAACGUGUUUAUUCUGGAUGAAAAUGAUAAUAAUCCAACAAUUUUAGCUCCUUAUUCUGAGCACGGCUCUGCUAACAGUGAGACCAUCCCCUAUUCUGCUGAAGCAGGAUACUUUGUAGGAAAGAUCAGGGCCGUGGACGCAGACUCUGGAUACAAUGCGCUGCUUUCUUAUCACCUGUCUGAGCCCAAAGGAAACAACCUGUUCAGGAUCGGAACCAGCACCGGGGAAAUCAGGACUAAGAGGAGAAUGAGUGACAAUGACCUGAAAACUCACCCCUUGGUGGUGCUGGUUUCUGAUAAUGGAGAACCUUCUCUGUCAGCUAUUGUGUCUAUUGAUGUGAUGGUGGUUGAAAGCACAGCUGAUGUUCAGACUCAGUUCAGACAUGUGCCUAUAAAGGAGGACAACUUCUCUGAUUUGAACCUAUAUCUGCUGAUCGCCAUCGUGUCAGUCUCUGUGAUCUUUCUGCUGAGUCUCAUCAGUUUAAUAGCUGUCAGAUGCCACAGGACAGACGGUGAUUUCAGCAGGUACAGCGCCCCCAUGAUCACCACCCACCCUGACGGGAGCUGGUCUUACUCUAAAGCUACUCAGCAGUAUGACGUGUGUUUCAGCUCAGACACACUGAAGAGUGAUGUAGUGGUUUUCCCCGCACCGUUUCCACCUGUAGAUGGUGAACUGAUCAGUAUAAAUGGAGGAGACACUUUUACCAGAACUCAGACUUUACCAAACAAAGACAAGGUAAGAAUGUAACUUCCCGUCAUUGAC